AUGGAUCGUAUUCCUCAAGAGCUUGCACUUGAUAUACUAUCAAGGCUUCCAAUCCCAAGCUUAGUGCAAUCCAAGUCCGUGUGUCAAGACUGGAGUACCUUAACACAUGAUCAACUACUUGUCAACAAGCAUUUCAAGCAGAUGGUUGAGAACGAUCCAAGCUUCAUUUUGCAAAUCAUGGGUUAUUCCAUCCAAAACCAGCUUUAUUUUGGAGAUUUAUCCAGCGACCCAAAUGAUGGAAACGUGACGAUGAUAGCAAAGAAGCUUACCAUACCACCAUUGCUUAACUUCCAUUUGGUGAGUUCAUGUAAUGGAUUGCUAUUGUUGCGUGCCACUCACCCAAGCUUUGAACUCUGUAUUUACAAUCCAUUUACCAGGGAUUAUAUAGAGUUGCCGAAGCUUAGUCGUCAUGAUGGGGUGAGAGGAUUUGGCUUCGAUCCCACCACAAAGAAAUAUAAGGUUGUCGAGAUAUCAUAUAAAAGAACAACUCCUUUCACUUUUAGUCACCGUGUUGUUAGAUUUGGCAUGCGUCGAUCUCAUCAGACGGAAACAUCUUCUUCUUCUUUAAUUGAAUCUGAGGUUCAUAUAUUGACUGUUGGUAGCCCCACUUGGAGAAAUUUGGGAUGUUUUCCUUUCCGUUUUAUGUGGCAAAAAUCUCAGGUUUUGGUCAAUAGGAAACUUCAUUGGAGAACUACUACUAACCUUAUUAUGUCCUUUGACUUGGCAACUGAGCAAUUCAAGGAGGUCCCUAGGCCUGAUGUCAUCACUUCGAACUCGGACAGGCGAUUUCAUGAACUCGUGAUUCUACGAGGUUGCCUUUCGGCAGUUUCUUUUGAUGGCAACAAUCAAGAACUGGAGAUUUGGGUUAUGAAGGAGUAUGCUGUGAAGGACUCUUGGGUCAAACAAUUUAAUAUUGGAGCUUACGUACCAAAGAUAUUUCAGUCAAAUUAUCAGUGUCAUUCCUCCAGCAAUUCAAGGUUUUAUUUGCCUAAAAAUUGCAUCCAAGUACUUUGCCUGUUGAGGAACGGAGGAAUUUUAUUGCAGUACGGAAACAAAGCAAUUGUUUUUUAUGAUUCACAUUGUAGGACUUUCCAAGAUAUUCAAGUAACAUUUGAAGGAAUUUCAAGUUGUUUCACUGCAGUUGCUCAUGUUGCUAGCCUCAAUUCCACAGAUACAUUUGUGGAUGCCUAG